AUGUUUGGGAUGACUCAUUUCCCGGAAGAUUCGCGACACUUUUUCCGGGAUGACGGGAGAACCCCCUCUUGGGAGGAGUAUUUCGUGGGCGUAUCGAGGGGCGAACGCACUCAGUGGUUCUCCAACGCCAUUGACGAGGGACUCAACGAGUGGUGCUCCUCGCCGGCGGAGAAGAAGAUACCCGUCUACAGUGGCGAGGUGGUGAGAUUCCAGUUCGCAAAGGUGUGGACCUCGGGAGCCCCGGACAAAAAGAUCCAAUUGAUCGCUCUCAAGACCCUCGGCGAGCAGGAUGGGAGAGGAGUUACGAAGGCGCAAUUUCUGUCGAAGAAGGGCAGGUGCGGUAUGAGCUGGGAUAUAUACGCCCAGUGGGAGUUGGUCUAA